GACAGCAGCAGCAGAGAGGGGCAGGCUCUGAAGCCACUCCCACUUCCGGCUAUGGUUUGUAGACAUAAGACACAGAGGUGUAGAUGUAUGAGAGCCGUCCUGAGAAGCGUCAGCACAGGAGCUGCUUACCUUUUUCUUACAGGCUGUCAUUCUUGAUCAUUCCAAUGCUGCCCUGGAUGCUGGUUCUGCUGGUUUCCUUUGCCCUCAGCAAAGGGCAGGCCAGUGAGUGUGUGAACUUCACAGACCUCGGCAUUGCUGACUCCAUUUGGGGGACCAAGCUGGAGGUGAAGCUCAUUCUACACACACGCCAGAACCUAAACUGUGGCUACCUUCUCCAACACGAAAAUCUGACCUCCCAGCCACUACUCAACAUGAGCCGCCCCACCACCUUCAUCAUCCAUGGCUACCGGCCCUCAGGCGAGCCCCCGGCCUGGCUUCUUGAUGCUGUUCACCUACUGGCUGCCCAAAUGGACAUUAACAUCAUCCUGGUGGAUUGGAACCGUGGUGCCACAAACAUCAACUAUUUCACGGUGGUCAAAAACACGAAGAAAGUUGCAGAAAACGUCACCGCAUUCAUCCGGAACAUGAAGGACCACGGUGCUUCUCUCAGCUCCAUUCACAUGAUUGGAGUCAGCCUGGGGGCCCAUAUCUCUGGCUUUGUGGGAGCCAAUUUGACAGGGCAGAUCGGCCGGAUUACUGCCCUGGACCCGGCUGGACCGCAGUUCAAUGGGAAGCCAUCAGAGGAACGUCUUGACCCAAACGAUGCCCAGUUUGUAGAUGUGCUGCACACAGACAUCGAUGCCCUGGGCUACAGAAACCCUUUGGGCCACAUAGACUUUUACCCCAACGGAGGAACUGACCAACCUGGCUGCCCUAAAACCAUCUUCGCAGGGAAAUCCUACCUUCAGUGUGACCACCAGAGAUCUGUCUACUUGUUCCUCAGCUCCAUGAACAGAACGUCAGCAUGUAACAUCACCACCUACCCCUGUGCUUCUUACAAUGACUUUCUCGAUGGAAAAUGCCUCAGCUGCUCUGAAUUCUUCCCCCAGGGAUGUCCGGUCCUUGGUUAUUACAUCAGUGAGUGGAAGGACGUCCUGUUGCAACUGAAUCAGACAACAACCUACUUCUCUACCACCAGCAAGCUACCAUAUUGCAAAACAAGCUAUAAGUUGGAGAUGGUAACAUGGAACUCUCAGCCUCGCUGGGCGACCGUCACUGUGAAGCUGCACGGCAAGGGAGAGGAGGCAGAGGCCAAAAUCAACCACAAAGCCACCAAGUUUCAGCAGUACAAAACAACCAAUUUAUUAGCUCAGUUUGACAAAGACAUUCAUCCAGUCCGUAAAAUGUCAGUGCAGUUCAGCACAGGAAACCUGAUUGGGCCUCGCUACAAGCUACGCUUGCUGUACCUGCGACUUAGCGCCCUGGAACAUCCUGACAGGCCGUCACUGUGCCGCUAUGAUGUCAUCCUAAAUGAAAAUGUAGAGACAUCUUUCAGACCUAUUCCAUGUCACGACUCAAAUUUCUGAAUGAACAGCAGGGGGCACCCUCUGAACCCUGAGCCAAUUCUCCUUGCUGCUCAUCUGGACAACAGAGGGUAAUGCACAAACACUGCCAAUGGAGUUAAGGUGAAUCCUCACCUCCAUACUGAUCGGACAGAUAAUUUUUUUAGAGAAAUUUGGAGAUAUAAAAAUGUAUAUUUAUUGUAAAUAAAUUUUUUUAUGCUGACUUUUA